UUCUUGUUGUUCUUCGUUAUUGCUCCUACUUCCCGCCACUCGUUGCUUAACGAGCAGAACCUUAACAGGGGCAAAAACACCAAAAGUUAGUGCAAGAUACUCCACCUCUGCGGAACAGUCGGUGCCAGAAUUAGAAACCACAAGUUUGUUGAAAUGUUCAAACACAUGAUCUUGUUUACCAGUAUCAAUUGUCUUCGCUAGAGAAGCGGACUUAUUAAUGAUGGUUUUCCCUGAAAUUUUGUCCCUAAUAUCAAUGUAAAUAAUAGGUUUAUCCAUUGACAUAACAUCACCAGGCCCUGUGAGGUUUAAGGUACCCCCUUCAAAAGGGAUUAUCUCUGGAUCAUCAUCUUGCUCACUUCGUUCAUAGAUAUCACAUUGGUUGUUACUUUUAACAUCGUCCUGGACAUAAAUAUUUCCAUAAAUUUCCCACGAUCCCCUACUUCUGUUGCUGUUGUAUGUGUUUUUGUUGCAGAGACUUACUGAAGGAAUAUCUCAGUUGAUGGGAAAGUCAAAGUUUGUUACAACAAACUAAUUACACUCUUUUAAUGUAAAUAAAAUCUAUUUAUCAUCCUACUUUAGAAACAAUUGUUUAUAUACUGUAAUGCUUCAUUUGAGGAACGAGGGGCAAUAAUAAAUAUCUCUCUCUCUUUCUUAUUCUCUCUGUUAAAGUUUUACAUGGUAUCAGAUUCCAGACCAUAACUUCCUGGAUUUUCUUGCGAUUACUGCUCCAAUUGAUCAAUUCUUUCUGACAUUCAUCAAAUUCUUUCUUCUCUUCCUCUAAUUUCCUGCAAAUUGUUUGAGUUCUUGAAAAUGACUGAAACUCCGAUUACUGAUUCUACGGCAGCAAAUUCUGGAAAUAAUGCUGUUAAUUACAACGAUCCAUACUACAUCUCUAAUGGAGAUACUUCAGUUCAGAAUCUAGGUAUUCAACUCUUCAAUGGCGAUAAUUUUGUUGGCUGGAGUAGAGGAGUUUGUUUAGCCUUAGGUGCUAAAAAUAAACUCGGUUUUAUUGACGGAACAAUUACAAAGCCUGAUCCUACUUCUACAGAUUUUCAAAAGUGGAUUAGAAAUGAUUACAUGAUAACCUGUUGGAUUUUGAGGUCCAUGGAGAAAUCUCUUGCCGAGAGCUUCGCGUUCGCUCGCACCGCUCAAGAACUCUGGGAAGAUGUAAGAGAAAGGUAUGGAAAAUGCAAUGCUCCUCUUUUGUAUGAUUUGCAAAGAAGUUUAACUUCAAUUGAACAAGAUGAUCUUUCAAUUGCUGAAUAUUAUGGGAAAAUGAAGAAGGUUUGGGAUGAACUCCAAGUGUUUGAUGAAAUUCCUAGUUGUAGUUGUGGUGCUAUGCUAAGAUGCACUUGUAAUUUGUUGAAGAAAAUUCUAGAGGCUGAUCAACUUAAGAAGUUGAUUCAAUUUCUUGCUGGUUUACACAAAGAUUAUGAUCAGGUCAAGGUUAAUAUUUUAAGCAUGGAUCCACUACCUACGGUGCUUAGAGCUUACCAUAUCUUACAACAAGUUGAAAAACAGAAUCGUAAUUCUACUCAUUCUAUUGAAAUCAGUGCUUUAAUGGCUGGAAAACACAAUCAAUCUUACAAGUUUCAACCAUCUGGUCAAGGAGUUCAAAGAAAGGAUUUCAAGAAGACUAAAUACGACAAAUAUGAUAAGUUUGACAGAUUUUGUGAUCAUUGCAAAGUCAAAGGCCACAUGAAGGAUCAAUGUUUUAAGCUUGUCGGUUAUCCUGAGUGGUACACGAAUUUGAAAGGGAAAAGUGUCCAAAAGUUUGCUGCGAAUGUUGAUUCUACUGGAAUUCUUGGUAGCAGUCCUCUUGAUUUUGAUCCUGAGGAGCAGGCUGGUUCAAGUAGCGUUGGUACAAGCAAUGUUAGUCAAGAGAUGAUUGAGGCCAUCUUCAAAGGAGUGAUGAAAAUGAUGCAGAGUUCUAAUCAGCAAGAUAACAAUUACGCUGUACUCAACUUUGCAGGACCUUAUAACUAAUGAGGUCAAAGCUGUUGGAAGGAGACAAGCUGGAUUAUAUAAGUUCAGUGAGGAUUCUUUAAAUUCAAUCCUGCUUCCAUUUCUAAUUCUAUUGCUUCUGCUAAUCCCCAAACCUCUGUACAUAUUUCCGAUGUUCCUAGUUUGCAUAAAUGUGUUGUUUCACAUGAUUCAGCUUCUAUUGCUUGCACAAGUCAGUCUGUUAAAUCAGUCAAUCUUGAUAUAUGUACUCCAUGCCAGAAUUGGCCAUCCUUCUGUUAAUAAAAUAAAACGUUUGACAGUUCCAUAUGAUGGUAAAUUGGCCGAUUUUAAAUGUGAAUGUUGUGUCUUUGCUAAACAUCAUAGGAAGCCUUUCAAGAAUUCUUUGUCUAGGGCUGAAAACGUUUUUGACUUGGUUCAUAUAGACCUAUGGGGUCAAUAUAGAACUCCUUGUUUGUCUGGUGCUACUUAUUUCCUUACCAUACUAGACGAUUAUUCUAGGACCACAUGGACUCAUCUGGUUCAUACUAAGGAUCAGGUGGCUUCCAUUGUUUCUGGUUUCUUAGCAUAUGUUGAUACACAGUUUGGUAAAAAGAUAAA